AUGAAAGUAGAAAUAAAUACAAAAAAAAAUAGUUCACAGAUAAAAGAUGAAAAUGCAAAGGGAAAGAGGGGGAAGCUAAAACCAAUUCAAGUUAGAAGAAGCAUUAAAGAUAUAUUAAUUGAAAAAGAUCCUUGUGAUUAUAUAUAUAAUUACAGAGGGAAGAAUAUAAAUGUAUUUCCUGAAAUUUUAUUAACAAGUCAGGACAAUAUUUUAAAAGAAUCACAUCAAAUAGGUAGUACCAAGAAUGAUGAAAAAAAACAAAAUUCGCAAAAAAUAGUAAAUGUAGACUCACUAGACAUACAUGAAAAAGUAAUGGCAGAAGAAUUACAAAAUCUAUUGAGCAAAAAAGAUUUAAAUGAUGAGACGAAAAACAAAAUAAAAGCACUUUUCAUUCAAGUCCAACAUAUGUAUUUAGAAAUAAAAAAAGAUAUAAAAAAUAAUUCUCCUUCAACUGAAGAUAUAUUAAAAUUAUAUUGUACAAAUGAUACUACUACUGAUAAAAGUAAAAAUGAUAUAUGGAAGAGUUUCUGUUUCUAUAAAUUGCUAAGUGAUAAACUAAGUGACAUACACAUAUCCACCAUCUCGUCUUAUAGACUAAAUUACUUGAAAACUAUAUACGAGUGGUACAGUAAAAAUAAGAAAGUGCUAUUUGGUUGUAAGAUAAAAGAUAAUAGCGGCCGAUAUAGGCAAAACAGCCAAAGAAAUCAGAGGAGAACUAGUCUUGCAGAGGGGGAGCAAGGGUCCGACAAUGGGCUGGGUUCAGCGGAAGGGGAGGAAGUAAAUUCAUCUCAUGAUGAGCAACAGAUGAAUGGGUCAAAGAUUGAAGAGCAAAUAAAUGCUUCUAAUGAUGUGGAACAAACGAAUACUUCUAACAAUGGGGAGGAAAUAGCGCAAGGUGAAGGGACGAUUAGCCAAAGAGAACAAAAAAAGCCGAGUAAAAAAAAGUAUGUAAAAAAAAUAUCAGAAAAUUUUGAAGAUCUUUUGAAGAAACAUAUGAACGAAAUAAAUGAAUCAACUUUUUCGAAAAGAGAUCAAGUUGAAUCCAUGCAUGAGGAAAAAGAAUCAACGAAUGAAGAGACAAGUGAUGUAUUAAGUAAUUACUUGUUUCCAAACUCAUUCAUCGUAAAUAAUGAACAAGAUAAAGAAAAAAGGGAAGAGAAUAAUGAGAAUGAAACCAAAGAAAUAGAUACACAGAUGGAACAUAAAGGUUUAGAAAAUAUUCAAAUUAGCGAGGGGGGUAAUAUUAUUAAUACUAUAGAGUUGGACUCAGGGACAGAUGUGCCACUUUGCACCCAAAUAGACACACAAAAAAUAAAAGAAUUGGAGGACGAAAUUAAAAAGCAGAAAUUGUUAAUUAAGGAAAAGGAAAUAGAGAUAAUUAAUUCCCCUAUAGGAAUUAAGUUUAAAGAAAUUUUUGGAAAUUUCCAGGACAUGGAUAUAAAUAAUUGA